AUGAUUCACUGUCAACUUUUAUCAUUACUUGCACUGGUGCUCAUUGUGAGAUCACAACGUCCAUUAAAUAACACAAACACAUCGAGCGUUAUUGUGGAGCCAUUUUUUGUGAAACCAACGAGCACUGCAAUGCCAAAAUAUUAUCCAGAACAGCGUGGUGGUGGCAAUCCAUACUUUAAUUCAAAUGAUCCACUAAGUCCAAGACGAAGUGAUCGAUUGAUGCCACCACCAAAUGGCGAUGUGUUUGUUCCAAGCCUUAGUGGUAUUGUUGGCGAUCAUGGAAAUUCACAGUCACAAGUGCCAGCAUCAAAUCGUCUACACAAAGUCAAUAAACAGCGACAAAGUAAAUUUACAAUCAAUCAUUUGUAUCAAUUGGCAAAGAAUCCGAAUUUUACACUUAAUCAACAGCCACCAUAUCGUGGUGAAGUGCAUCAUAUCGGUGUGAUAACAACAAAAAAGGAGGCACGACCAGAGAAAUUCUUUAGUGGACCGAAUGAUAAUCUUGAUAGUCAACAAAAACAAAACACUGAAUGGUCUGCUGGACAUUCAUUUCAUGAAGUUCAGAUACAGUUAAAGAAUAAGAAUCACAUGCAUACACCAUCACCGCCAGCUUAUGUGGCUGAUGAUAUUGAUUUCGAUGAGAAGUUGGGCGUCAAAUGUACAUUUGAGAAGCCAUGUGCAUGGUCUUAUGACUUGAAUGUCAACGGGACCAAUUUUGAAGUUACAACUGGUGCAAAUUUGACAAAUGCAAACAUUACUGGCGUUACGCCAGGACCGUCUGCUGAUAAUUUGAAUGAUGCCAAUGGAAACUUUCUACAUCUUCCACUAACACCAGAAACGAGUACUCGAAUUCUUCGAUCACCAGUCUUUAGUUCGACACGUGAACGAUGUUACCUUGAAGUCUUUCUUCAUCAGAGUGCAAUGAUGCCUGGAACAAUAAGAAUUGUCAUUGAGCCUGCCGCAUCUGUCGAAAAUUCAUGGGUACCUGCUGAAAUUAUGGGCGAUGAUUUGAGAAAAUGGAAAUAUCACACAUUUGAAAUUGAUAGGGUAACCUUUGACUUCCGCAUUCUCUUCGAAAUCGUCCCUAAUGGUCUCGGUGGUGCAUUGCGUGGUCAUGUUAGCAUCGACAACCUUAAAAUGCGCAACUGUUUUGCUGACUCACCUCGAAAAGACUCAUGCAGCUUAUUGCAAAUCAAAUGCAAUCAAAGCAGGAUUCCAGUUUGCAUUGAAAACGCUCGCAUCUGUGAUUUAGUACAAGAUUGUGAUGACUUAGAGGAUGAGAACCUUAAUUGCGACAAAAUUCCAUUUGGUGGUCUCUGUGACUUUGAGAAUGGCUGGUGUGGUUGGCAAAAUUCUGGAAAGGCACUGCUGGAUUGGAAACGAAAUAUUGGUCCAACACCGACUGAAAAGACUGGCCCAGAAUUCGAUCACACUUUUCAGCAUACGAACAAGUCAGGCUACUAUAUGUUUGUAAAUAUGAAUCAACAUGCCGACGAUCCUGAGAAGAAAGGUCAUGCUGGAUUUGCAAGUAAUGCAGUCAUAAAUUCUGUGGUUUUUAAUCCACCACCGCCAGCUCACUCAAAUUUGUCAUCACCAUAUCGCAACACAUGCAUGGCAAGGUUGUUUGUUCAUCAAUUCGGUAUGAAUGCUGGAAGUUUUAACGUGUCUGUCGUUGAAAUGAAAGCAAAAGAAAACAUCACAACAACACUGUGGUGGAGCUCAAAAUCAAUUGGCGACAAGUGGGAACGAGUUGAGGUUGUGCUUCCAAACAUUACGUCCAAAUACUUUUUUCAAAUUGAAGCGCGCAAAGGAAUGAGAAUUUAUAGUGACGUCGCUAUUGAUGACUUUUCUAUGAGUCCUGAAUGCUUUGGAUAUAACAUACCGCCUGAUCAUCUCAACAAUUACAAUUAUUGGGAUCCGAGAAUCGGUAUUGACAAGAAACCCCAUAAAGACUUUGUAGAUAAGAAAUUUUAUGAACUGUCAAAUUGUGGUAUACGUGGAAUAUACGGUCCUACACCUGAAGAUUGCUCAAACUAUUAUAAUAAAUCAGACAUUAUGAGUAGUAUUCGUGUAUCUGAUAAGCCUCCAUUUAAGGGUAUACAGAUUUGGAAGGUUCCUAGCGAAGGAUACUACACUAUUAUAGCAAAAGGCGCAAGUGGAGGAUUGGGAUCUGGAGGUGUAUCAUCGUCACGCGGAACAAUUGUGAGUUCCGUAAUGGAACUCCAUAAAGAUGAAGAAAUUUACGUUCUCGUUGGUCAAAUGGGUGAACAUGCUUGCAUCAAAUCAAUGGGAAAUGAAAGAAAUGAGCCAUGCUCAUCAAGAUUGCCAAAACAUCCUGAAAAUCUAAAAGAUUCCGUCUCGAUUAUAAAUAAAUUCCGAAAUGAUUUGCUUGAAAAUGGAGCUGGCGGGGGUGGUGGAGCAUCAUUUGUAUUUUUGAUGAAUCAAGUGAACAAGGCAGUUCCAUUGAUUGUUGCUGGUGGUGGUGGUGGUCUUGGAAUUGGAAGAUAUUUGGAUGAAAAUAUUCAACAAGCUAAAGGAAUUGUCUUGGAACGUGGAAAUGUUAGUGGACAAGUUGAAAUUGAUGACUUUGAUUCUUUGAUGGCUGGACCUGGUGGUGGAUGGAAUGCUCGAGAAGAAACGCCAUUGGAUCCUCACUUUGGUGCUUCAUUGCUAGAAGGUGCACGAGGUGGAAUUGCUUGUUAUAAAACAGCUGGUCAAACACCACAUCAAUAUUCAAAUGGCGGAUUUGGUGGUGGUGGUGGAGCUUGUCAAUCAGGUGGAGGUGGAGGUGGUUUUGCUGGUGGUAAUUCAAUGCUCAGCUUCAAUACGAAUGUAUCAACAAAUCCAAAUGCAUUCUCGACGAACGGGGAAGGUGGAUCUUCAUACUUAGGCCUAACUAGAAGUAUUCAUGAAUUAUCAUUUGUAUAUCCUGGCUCAAAUAGUGGCCAUGGAUCAGUAAUUUUAAUACCUGCAAUUGAGGGAUGUGGUUGUGAUUAUCGUUGUGUUGCACUGGAUGAAUAUCGAUCUUUAGUUGCGUGCAUAUGUCCUGAAGGAUGGCAAUUAAAGCCUGAUAAUUUGACAUCAUGUGAAAUUAUUAUGGAAGUCUCAAAUGAUAAUUAUUACAUGUACAUAUUCGGAGUUCUAUCAUUUCUACUAGUCGUUGCCCUUCUAUUUUUAAUGUUGAUGUUAUAUAAUCGUUUCCAAAGAAGACGACAAGCGGCAAUGCGCCAUAAGAUGCUUCUUGAACAAGAAGUUCAAUUAAGUCGAUUACGACAAACAGAAGAUUCAGCUUUAACUAAUUUUAAUCCAAAUUAUGGUUGUGAUGGAAUAUUAAACGGAGGAAAUGUUGAUGUUAAAAGUUUACCGCAAGUUGCACGUGAAAGUUUGCGACUUGUUAAAGCACUCGGUCAAGGUGCUUUUGGUGAAGUCUAUCAAGGAUUAUAUAGACAUCGCGAUGGUGACACCGUUGAGAUGCCAGUUGCUGUCAAAACCCUUCCUGAAUUGUCAACUGGUCAAGCUGAAUCGGAUUUCUUAAUGGAAGCAGCAAUCAUGGCUAAAUUUAAUCAUCCAAAUAUCGUCCAUUUAAUUGGUGUCUGCUUCGAUCGACAUCCACGUUUCAUUGUCCUUGAGUUGCUGGCUGGAGGCGAUUUGAAAAAUUUCCUUCGUGAAGGACGCAAUAAGCCUGAACGUCCAUCACCAUUGACAAUGAAGGAUCUUAUAUUCUGUGCAUUGGAUGUUGCAAAAGGAUGCAGAUAUAUGGAGAGUAAAAGAUUCAUCCAUAGAGACAUUGCGGCUAGGAAUUGCUUGUUGAGUAGUAAAGGACCUGGUCGUGUAGUUAAAAUUGCAGAUUUUGGCAUGGCUCGAGACAUUUACCGGUCUGAUUAUUAUCGUAAAGGUGGAAAGGCAAUGCUACCUAUAAAAUGGAUGCCACCAGAGGCAUUUUUAGAUGGAAUUUUCACAAGCAAAACAGACGUUUGGAGUUUCGGUGUUUUACUGUGGGAAGUAUUUUCACUUGGUCUUAUGCCUUACACAGGUCUACCAAAUCGUGAUGUAAUGCAACUUGUCACAGGUGGUGGUCGUCUUGAUGCACCGCCAGGCUGUCCACCGCAAAUUUAUCGCAUAAUGGCUGAAUGUUGGAAUCCAACUCCAGAAGCACGUCCUACAUUCUCAGUAUUGUUAGAACGCCUUACUACGUGCACACAAGAUCCAGAAAUUAUGAAUUCACCAUUACCGAGCUUCUUCCGCCCACAAUCAAUGGAACGUGAUGCAACAAUAAUGAGACCAUCUGGAAAUGAUGAUUUCUGUUUACAAGUUCCAAACUCAUCGGAUUAUCUAAUUCCUCUACCCGACUCACGAGCCAUUGCCGAAAGAUUGAUUAAUGAGGCCACAUGUGUUACACUUCCAGACUCACUUCCAACCUAUACACUCACAAAUUCACACAAAAUGUCAGAUAAUAAUUGCUGGGAAACGUCAUUCACAAAUGCUAAUAAGAUGAGUAGCUCAGACAGUAUUGAUGACCGCUUGAUCAGUCUCGAUACCCCAACAACAAUUCAACCACCCCAAGCAUUUUGUAAUAGUCCAAUUCAGACAUUAUCUUCAAACAACAACAACAAUAAUAAGCCAAAUGCCAUUACACUCGAUCCAUCCGCAUUGCAGCAAGGCUAUGCUAAUGUUAAAAUGAUGAAUGGAAAUGAAAAGUUGGAAAAUGAUAUGUCAAAGUACAAUGGUGGCACCACAAUGGUAAUGAUGAACAAUAAUAACAAUAACAAUAGUAAUGGAAUGAUAACAAAAGAUAAGAACUGUAAUCAGCCAUUCUCGAUACCAAUGCAGAAUUACAAUGAAAAUUUUAAGGAGAAUCAUGCUGAAAUAAGCUGUUAA